AUGGCGGUCCCUCACAAAGCAAUGGUGUUGGCGUGGAGGCUGUUGAGAAAUCGACUACCAACUUGCGACAAUUUAAGAAGAAGAAACAUCUUGGUGGGGGAAUCGGAAUGCAGUUGCAACGCGUGCAUCCUUAACAUGGAGACAGCAAACCACAUCUUUCUUCAUUGCCCAAAGACGGAAAGAGUUUGGGAUGGUAUUUUCCAGUGGUUGGGGAUGAAUUUCAUUCGCCCUCAUUGCGUCGCCUCGCAUUUCAUUCAGUUCGUCCAGCUUGGAAAGGGGAAGAGGUCGGAAAAGUUGCUUGAAGCCGUGUGGAGCUGCACGUGCUGGCUGGUCUGGAAGUGGAGAAACGAGAGCAGGUGGGAAGGGAAAAAUUGGGAUAUCAAGGAUGCGAUAAUGGAGAUUAAGGCGAGGAUUUGGAGUUGGAACAAGAUCUUCAAUUAUUUUGAGAGUGAUUUGAAUUUUUCCUCUUGGAUGUCAUGUAAUCUUUCGAAUUGGCUGUUGUAA